GGAGGCAACACAUAUUUAAAUCUUCAUUACUAAAUAAGCCCCCACACCCCACCCCACCCCACCCCACCCCACCCACCAUACCCCAAUAUAAGCACACUGCAAAUUCUCUUCUGCAGGGGACUUUUGGAAAAUCAAGAAAAGCAGAGGAAAAAAUGGGGUGUUUUCUUGGAUGUUUUGGUUUUACUAGCAAGAAACAAAAACGUAUAAAGCCUUGUAACAAGUUCCAAGUGCAUCAGAAGUAUGUACCACUAGAAUCUGAGAAUGCAAAUGUUGCAGAUUCAACAAAUUCUGAGACCAGAGAUAAGCCAAAAGAAUCAUCAAAACGUAAGGUAAAAAAGAAAGUGAGCUUCAAUUUGGAUGUUAAGACUUAUGAGAGAAUCCAAGAUGAUGACAACACAACAAAUUUCUCAGAAGAAGAGGAGAAGACACAAAGAGAAUACAAUAAACAAGAAACAGCCAAAGCAAGUAUGUCUAUGUACCCUUCAAGUUAUCGAUACUAUAACUGCAACGAUGAGGAGGAAGAUGAGAUAACACUCGAGGACAGUGAUAUCGAUGAUCUUGAAGAUGAUGAAGACGAAGAAGAAGAAGACUAUGGUGUUAGCGAGGACGAUGAUGAUGCUGGUGGUGGUGAUGGAUACAACUCUUUGCAUAUUGAGACAGAAAACAAGUUUGGUAAUGUUGAAAAACUGAGCAAAGAUGAAUCAAAUGAAGUAGGUCGACAUCGUAAGAACACUGUGCUUCUUCCAGUUGAAAAUCUCACUCAAUGGAAAGCAGUUAAGGCAAGAGGAGCAAUGCAAGUGAGGCAGCAGAAGGAAAACAUUAUCAAGUUGGAUGGAAAACAAGAAUUGCCAAACUCUAAGCCUAAGCCUCAGGGACAUGAAAUUCCAGUAGAUGCCAGUCUCUCAAACUGGCUGGUUUCAGCAAGAACAACAUCAGUAAAUGGCUCGUCUGUGUUUUACGUUCAAGAUAGAGCUGCAGAUCAAGUUGUGCUCGAUGAAGUCAAUCUCAUAUAAACAAAGGAAGUGCAGAGAAUGGUCUAAAUACAUUUGGUUUGAUGUUUGUGUAAAGUACUGAAUGUCUUGUGCAUGAUUUGUGAGUGCAGUGUGUUGUAUUCUCUUCUCCGCGAUGGAAAAGAAGACAUGGAUUUCCAUCUGGGACUUGGUAUUUGGUUGAGAGCAUAUCAUAUCAUGUUGUAAUUCUUUUAUCAUUACAAAACACAGCAGUGAAAAAAGAAAGAAAGAUGUUACAAAAUCA